AUGAAAGAUUUUCAAGACACUAUCCAUGACCUUCUUCUUCAGGAUCACCCUUUCUUUGGACCAACUUUCACUUGGAGCAAUAAACAAAAGGAUUCCUAUCUUGCUAGGAAAUUAGAUAGAGUUCUUGUUAACUCUUAUUGGGUCAGCUCCUUUCAUAAUUCCUUUGCGGAAUUUCUUGCUCCAGGGCCCUCUGACCAUUGUAUGGCUCUUAAGACCCAAAUUCAAUGGCUCAAGAAGGGUGACAAGUGCUCUAAAUACUUUCACUCGGUCAUUGCUUCAAAGAAUAAGAGAGAAACUAUUAGAGUCCUUGUGAAUGAACAAGGCAGUAAAUUGGACGAUUUUGAUGAUAUGUCAUCUGAAGUAAUCCAAUUCUUCAAAAAUCAGUUGGGGAAUACUGAUUCAAAUGUUAAAGAUAACGAUCCCAAUGUUCUAAAAAAUCUGCUUAAUCUCAAUCUGUCUCUUGAGGCUUUAGCAUAUUUGGAUAAAAAUAUCACUGAUGAGGAGAUUAAGGAUGUUUUUUUCAGCCAAGGCAAUGAUAGAGCACAUAGACCGGAUGGUUACACACAUUUCUUCUUUAAAUCUACUUGGUCAGUGGUUAGUGAAGAUGUGAUUAAAGCUGUAAAAUACUUCUUUCAGAACUCUUCCAUUUUACCAGCUUUUAAUUCUACUAUAAUUGCUCUGGUCCCUAAUAUCAUUAAUCCUGGCAAGGUCAAAGACUAUAAACCCAUCUCUUGUUGCUCUGUGGUCUAUAAGGCGAUUACUAAGAUUCUUGUUCAUAGGCUGAAAAAUCUUCUUCAUGACUUAAUUACUCUUAAUCAAACAACCUUUGUUAAGGGAAUACAUAUUAUUGACAAUAUUCUCCUAGCCCAGGACCUUGUCAAAGGCUAUGGAAGAAAAUCUAUUUCUCCAAGGUGUGCUAUCAAGAUUAACCUUCAAAAGGCUUUUGAUUCUCUUGACUAG